AUGUCUGCCGACCUCGACAUGGACAUUCACAGCACCUCCUCGGUCGCAGACGUCGACGUGAGCUCUGCGCUUGCUGCGCCUCUCCCCACAUCACCAGCGCCCGCACGCACAGAAGCCAUGGCGCUGCUCGACCUGCAAAAGCAGCUCGACGCGGACAUCUCGCGACACAUGUCCGUGCUCAUCUCGAACGGCGUCAACAUGCAGACCCCUCUGAUUGAUGCACAAGGCUUUCCGCUGGCCAACAAGGAUCUGAUGGCGAUACGAUCGGCGAGGCAGCGCAUCAAUGUGCUGCGCAAUGACUCCAAGGCGGUCAGGGAUCGCGUGGCGAGGCUGCUCGAGCUCGCGAUCAACGGAGAUGCUGUGCCAUCGAAUGGGGCGCCAAGGGGGCAAGCGGGGCGGACUGAGGAGUCGAGGCCGUUUGCAAAGGUCAACUCGGUCGCGGAAAACAGUCCAGCACAGACGGCGGGUUUGGUAGCGGGUGAUUUGGUGGUCAGGUUCGGCUCGGUGACCGCCGAGAACGAGAAAGGGUUGGCGGCGCUUGCUGCACCUGGGGUCGUGGUCGAUGGAACGAGCAUUUGUAUCACGGUGACGAGGAGCGGUGAGACCGUCAACCUGACAUUGAUACCCAGAGCAGGCUGGGGCGGACGAGGCAUGCUCGGGUGCCAUCUCCUGCCACUCUAG